AUGGUAUUUACUCGAGCUUUCUCUCGUCAACUGUCACAGCCAGUAUCGUCCCUGUUGGCUCGAGGAGCUUCCCCACGUUUGGCAUGCGGGGGAGCUGCAGCUGGAGCCUCAGCUUGCCUCGGCCAGUCUUUCAGACGAUCACUAACAGCAUCUUCCUCUUUGCAGUCAAAGGUCUUGCUUGUACUCUACGACGGUGGCGACCAUGCCCGCGAGCAACCACGCCUUCUAGGUACCACCGAGAAUGAGCUUGGCAUCCGAAAGUGGCUCGAAGAUCAGGGACACACCCUUGUGACAACAUCUGACAAGGAGGGUGAGAACUCAACCUUUGACAAGGAGCUUGUCGACGCCGAGGUCAUCAUAACUACUCCCUUCCACCCGGGUUACCUCACCAGAGAACGUCUUGAAAAGGCGAAGAAGCUCAAAAUUGCAAUCACUGCCGGUAUCGGUUCAGACCAUGUUGACUUGAACGCCGCGAAUGAAAUCAAUGGCGGCAUCACUGUUGCUGAAGUUACAGGAUCGAAUGUCGUUUCCGUUGCCGAGCAUGUAAUUAUGACCAUCCUCAACCUGGUUCGGAAUUUUGUUCCGGCACACGAACAGAUCGAAGCCGGAGAGUGGAACGUCGCAGCAGCAGCGAAGAAUGAAUAUGACCUGGAAGGGAAAGUUGUGGGUACUGUUGCUGUGGGUCGGAUUGGCGAACGUGUCCUCCGACGACUUAAACCAUUUGACUGCAAGGAGCUACUUUACUUUGAUUACCAGCCAUUGAAACCUGAGGUUGAGAAAGAGAUUGGUUGCAGACGUGUAGAGGAUCUUGAGGAGAUGCUUGGGCAAUGCGAUGUUGUCACCAUUAAUUGUCCGCUGCACGAGAAGACGCGUGGGCUCUUCAACAAAGAUCUGAUCUCGAAGAUGAAGAAAGGCGCAUGGCUUGUUAACACUGCCCGCGGCGCGAUCGUUGUCAAGGAAGAUGUAGCCGAAGCACUAAAAUCAGGUCAACUGAAUGGUUAUGGUGGUGAUGUCUGGUUCCCACAGCCAGCACCCAGGGACCAUCCACUUCGAUACGCAAAGAACCAAUGGGGAGGCGGGAAUGCAAUGGUCCCACAUAUGAGCGGCACAUCGCUUGAUGCACAAAAGCGCUAUGCGGAUGGUGUUAAGUCAAUCUUGGAUUCCUAUUUCUCCAAGAGAGAGGACUAUAGGCUGGAAGACCUGAUUGUCCACAAAGGGGAUUAUGCAACCAAAGCUUACGGUCAGCGUACAAGCAAGAAAUAG